AUGGGAUCCAACGUUGAGCUGGUAUGGCCAGAGUCAGAGGCAUAUUCCUCACGGGUGAACAACUGCUCACAUGCAAAUUCAUCCCUAGCUGUAAUUCGAGCGAAGUUGAGUGCCGAACAAUUAGAACAAUUCAAGACAUCAUGCUUUGGCCAUCUUCUGAAUAUAGAUAAGAUUCAGUUUAGCGGGCAGAUUGUGCAUGGGGUUGUGUUGCGUAGAGUAGCGGGGCAGGGUGUGAAAGACUUGGAUGGACUGAGUUUCUUAAUAGGGUGCGACGUUGCUCAGUUCACUCGUCAGGAUUUCUGUUUGAUCUCAGGGCUUCGUUUUGGGGAAGUGCCUGAAGUUUCCAGUGGAGAAAGUGAUGAAAUUAGACUUCAGAAAAGAUAUUUUAUAGACGAAGGAAUUACAUGUAAUGCUUUAGAAGAAGCAUUUGUGAGGUGCACAGAGGAAGAUGACGUCUACAAGCUAGCUCUUGUUUACUUUGCUGAGUUAGUGGUUUUGGGAAGGGACAAACAUUUGAACAUCAAUCUAAAUUACCUGACCCUUGUAGAGGACUUGGAUGCGUUCAACAGGUUUCCAUGGGGUUCGGUGUCGUUUGACAAAACCCAAGACAGUCUGUUUUCUGCACCAACAAAGUAUGUGAAAAGCUUUGAAAAUGAAGAGGGAAGAGGGAAGGGGAAAUGUAAGGUAACCGGAACAAGCCGGAGAAAUGAGAAGGGCAAGAAGGAUAACCAUGGUGAAGUGCAAAGGGGUGGCUGGAGUUUUAAAGGUUUCACGUAUGCUUUCCAGAUUUGGGUAUAUGAAUUAAUUCCUAGAAUGGUGGACCUGAAUUACUGCAAGGUUGUUGAUCCGACAGCUCUCCCGCGUAUUUUGCGAUGGAGAACUACUACGUCUGUUCCCGAGAUGAGAAAGUUGAACAAUUAUUUUUUCCAGAGCAAAGAGUCAGUUCAGUUGCGGGCGCUAUGUCCAAGUGAAGAGGAAAUGAGACAACCAUAUUGGAGUUGGCCACAGGGUCGCCCUGCUGUUGUCUCGGCAGAGUCAAUUCCUUCUUCAUGUGCUGACCUUGAUGAGUUGAACAAGGCGGUAAGCUUGUUGAGGUCCGAGUUGUUUCAAGUAAAGCGGGAAAAGGACGUCCUUGAGUUAAAGGCCUAUAGAGUGUACAACUGUAGGUCCAUAACCAUCAUUGAAUCCAUAAAUGUCACUAUUGAUGAUUUUGCUGCCUCUAUAGAGAUGGCAUUAGAUGAGGAUGGUCUUUUUCCUCCUCCUCCACUUGAGCAAGAAUCUCCAGGUUUGGAUCUUGUGGUUGACCUGUCAACUUUUGGAAAUUCUGUCCCGGUUGACCUGUCAACCCCUUCAACUUCUAGUUCCAUCUCAUCUGUCCAGGCUGCCAGCUCUCAUACUGAUCAUAGUCCUCUCACUCCAUCUGAGAGUGUCAUUAUUGGCCCUCUUAAUCAGGGAGAAGAGCCUAGAAAUGUGAAAGAAGCCUUGCACCAUGGUGAAUGGUUUCUUGCAAUGCAGGGAGAAUUAAAUCAAUUUGUGAGAAAUGACGUUUGGUACCUUGUUCCUAGACCAGUCCACACAAAUCUCAUAGGCACUAAGUGGAUUUUCAAAAAUAAAACCGAUGAGCAAGGUAAUGUGGUGAGAAAUAAGGCUAGAUUGGUUGCUCAAGGAUACACUCAAAUGGAAGGCAUUGACUUUGAUGAAACUUUUGCCCCUGCUCUCUAUGGUUUGAAACAAGCUCCUAGAGCAUGGUAUGAGAGGUUAUCCUCUCAUCUUCUAGGAAAUGGGUAUGUUAGAGGGUCCGUUGAUAAAACUUUGUUUGUGAAAAGGUUUAAAAAGGAUGUCUUGAUUGCUCAAGUGUAUGUUGAUGAUAUUGUGGUUGGUUUUACCUCUGAUUUGCAUGUUCAAGAUUUUAUUUAUGUCAUGACUAGUGAAUUUGAAAUGAGUCUUGUAGGUGAGCUUAACUAUUUCUUAGGUCUUCAAAUCAAACAGAGCCAUGAUGGGAUCUUUAUAUCUCAAUCUAAAUAUGCAAAAAAUCUUGUGACAAAAUUUGGUUUGGAGGGAGCAAAAUCUGCAAGAACUCCAAUGAGCACUAGUGCUAAGAUUCAUAGAGACUUGCAUGGCAAAAGUGUGGAUCAAACUCUCUAUAGAAGCAUGAUAGGAAGUCUUCUCUACUUGACUGCUAGUAGACCUGACAUUUCUUUUAGUGUUGGUGUGUGUGCUAGGUUUCAAAGUGACCCAAACGAGUCUCAUUUGUUUGCUGUUAAGAGAAUCAUAAAAUAUGUGAGUGGGACUAUUGAGUUUGGGUUGUGGUAUACCUAUGACACUUGUGUCAAUCUUGUUGGGUAUAGUGAUGCCGAUUGGGCAGGUUGUAGUGAUGAUAGGAAAAGCACUUCCGGGGGGGUCUUCUAUGUAGGAAACAACCUUGUUUCUUGGCAUAGCAAAAAACAGAAUUCUGUCUCCUUAUCCACUGCUGAAGCAGAGUAUGUUGCAGCUGGGAGUUGUUGUACUCAACUCCUUUGGAUGAGACAAAUGUUGGAAGACUAUGGUCUUGCUCAAUCAUGCUUUCUAAUCUAUUGUGACAACAUGAGUGCCAUAGAUAUUUCAAAAAAUCCUGUUCAACACUCUAGGACUAAACAUAUAGACAUUAGGCACCAUUUUAUUAGAGAUCUUGUGGAAGACAAAAUUUUAUCUUUGAAAUUUGUUCCCUCUGAAAAACAGCUAGCAGAUAUACUCACCAAGGCCUUGGACUUUCAGAAACAUGGUACACUUAGGCAGUCAAUUGGCCUUUGCUCAAUUGAUUGA